GUUAGUGUGGUAAAAUUGUGAACUUGGCUGAUAGAUUUCAGUCUGUACAGUGGACUUGUAGCGACAUUGGUUAUCAUAUAGUUCGUUUCGUAGAAAAAAGAAACACAAGGUAGUUUUAGGUUUUUUUUCACAGAAUAUGUAUGUGUAACCUCGAAUGCAGAAAAGAAAAGAGUCUUCUUUUCAGAGGACAAGACGUCUCCGCAAAAAUAUUCACUUCCACCACAUACCUUUCAAAAUGAUUUCAAAACAUCAUCGAUGGCAAAGGUAAAGUAAUUAUGUCAUCGGACAACUUUAAAAAUUUGGCCUAUUAUCUUUUAACUGCAAAUUAUUCCUCAAAUCAAAAUAAGUUGACACAACCGCCCAGUAAUAAUGACAGCAACAACAACAACAAGGGUAACAACAAAAUUAACACUCCUCAUUCUCAAAAGUUUCAAAAGAAGUCACUAAAACACAUUACCACAACUGCAGCCGUCAACAAUAAAACUGUCUCCAAUGGACUGUCAAAUGCGAAUAAUUCAUUGCCAAUGCAGUCAAAUAAUAUACAACGAAAAAAGCAUUACAGUUUUUUAAUAACUAUGUUAAACCGUGACAGUCUAUUGCCAGAAUCAUUAUGGCAUAGAGUUUAUCAUCAAUUAUGUGAAGAUUUUAUCCAAAAACUGCAUUCUUUUGAACCAAAUCUACAUCAAUCAGCAUCUUCAAUUUCUUCCUUCGCUGACCUAGCGAUUUCAUGUUUGGGUCGUUCAUUCAGUUUAAAUCAUAAUAUUAUUCAUCUAAAGGAUAUCGCAUGCUUGGAGUUGUUCAACGACAGUCCUGUUAGUAAUAAGGAAACUAGAGAACGUGUACUAUCAUGCCUAACGGAAGCACUUGCAAAUGCCCUAUCGAAGAAUCCAGUUCAUUUACUUUACAAAAAUUACAAAGUGAAUUCAGGAGCUGGAGAAUCUUAUGUCAAAAUAUUUCGUGAAAUGUGCAAACAAGUCUUAGAAAGUUGUCUAUCACAAUUUGAAGCCAACUACUUGAAACAAAUCAAAUAUCCUAAGAAAUUAA